AUGGGCAGAACUUUUCUCGCUGUUACUGUUCCUCCCACGAGCUACUUCUCCAUGCAGUGCGAUAAUUUCACAGAACAGCACCAACGCGGUGCUCGUACCUUGCUCUUUGACUGCGGCGCGAGGAUCGCUUUUGAGCUCUUGGACUCAGAGCUACCAUCCUCAUGGACCUGGCACGUGAGUGACCCCAUAUCGCCUACCGACAACCAAGUCUCCGGUGAUAGCCCCCCACCAUGUCUUCACAAGGAUUCCUUUUUUCAAAGCUUUCCUCUAUGGUGUCUCAAUCAAGAGCAAAGCCCUGGGACACCGCGCUGGCUCGUGAUGAAAAUCACCUUGGACAGGACUGAUCUCUACUCCCCGGUGCGUCGAUUCGCACUGGAAAUAAAACAACCGCGGGAUACCCUCGACAAGGAAGAAAUCUGUGGUACAGCACUGAACGCACCGAAUGUUUCUAUGAAAAAUUCGAGAACCCCAGGCGGCGACUUGCAGUCUCUUGUACCGUAUUCCACCGAUUUGGAAUCACAAUCCCUCCCAUCACUCAAUCACAGCUCUUCUCAGAUCGCGGCGCUCGACAAUUUGACGUUCCCCUCUAGCAGUACACAUCCAUCAGACCAGCCGACGGGUGCAUUGCCCCAGCACCAAAUCUUGUACAACACGAUGCACUCCGCCUGGCAGCGGCCAUGGAAUCCCGAAUUCUGGUACGACAACCUCAGUCACAGCACCAACAAUCACCCCUUUGUGGAGGAUCCAGGUCUGAACACACUUUUCGAGCCUUCUGCGCAGUCGAUGAUACUCGCGUCAGACAGUGUGGCCAACACAGAGGCGGAGUGGAGAGCGGGCAGCCCUACCCAACACAAGAUCUCUGCGAGGGAGCGUACGAGGGACCUCUACAAGGCGCAGGAGAGGGCAGCUGGAGCUGGGUCCAACACGGUGACUAGAACUGUGAGCCCACCAAGCCCCCACUUGAUAUACUCGCUGACCGACAUCCCUCAAGUUGCGAUCACGUCCCCUCAGACCCAAAAUGGGACGCUGAAAUAA